AGUAAACCUAAAACCCUAAAGUAACCAAAAGCAAACCCCCAAAUUCACAAAACACCCACUCAACCUUUUCGUUCCACAUUUACUAGCUAGAAGAAACAUAGCAAUGCGGUUCAUCACCCUCUUACACCGAACCACCACCACCACCACCGUCCCUCCUCCUCCCCACCGCCUCCACCUCCGAUUCUUAUUCGAUGGCAACUUCGCCCUCGUCAGAGACCGUGGCCUUGACCACGCCGUCGAAAGAGAAAAGAAUCUCAAACCAUUACUAACCCUCAGAAACCUCAUCAAACUCGAACCUGCAAAAUCCCUCCCAGUUUCCGCAAUCAAAGAAUCCCUCCAACUUCCCUUCCGUCCUAUGGAUUUCGUCCGCAAAUAUCCUUCCGUCUUCGAAGUUUUCCAUCUCAACGGCUUCCAACCUCACAUCAAGCUCACACCAGAAGCCCUAAAACUCGACGUCGAAGAACAAUUAAUGUAUAACAGCGACAAUUUCAAACACCAAGUCGCUAUCCGUCUUUUAAAGCUUUUAAUGAUUUCAAAAAUUCAUAAGAUUCCAUUAAGAGUCAUUGAAUCCCUUAGGUGGGACCUCGGACUUCCUCAUGACUACGUCUUAAAAAUGAUUCCUGAAUUUCCGGACUACUUUCGAGUAGUUGGUGUUGGAUUUAACGCCGUUUUGGAGUUAGUUUGUUGGAGCAAGGAUCAUGCUGUUUCAGUUUUGGAGAAGAAACAAAGUGGUAGUAAUAAAGGGAAUGAUAAUGGAUUAGCUUUUCCGUUGCAGUUUUCGACGGGUUUCGAGAUGGAUAAAAAUUAUGAGAGAUGGUUGAGAGAUUGGAACAAAUUGCCUUAUGUGUCACCUUAUGAAAAUGCUGCUCAUCUUCAGGCAUCUAGUGAUGAGUCUGAUAGAUGGGUUGUUGGUGUUUUACAUGAGAUUCUUCACCUUUUGGUUUCGAAGAAGACUGACAAAGAGAAUAUAUUGGUAAUUGGUGAGUGGUUAGGUUUAGCGUCGAGGUUUAAGAGGGCGAUGUUGCAGCAUCCUGGUAUAUUUUAUAUGUCUAGUAAGAAUAGAACUUAUACUGUGGUUUUGAGGGAGGGUUAUAAGAGGGGUUUGCUUGUCGAGGAUAAUCAGGCGAUGGAGUUUAGGAGGAUGUAUAUUCAUCUCAUGAAUACUGUUAAGGAAGAUGGUAGCAAAACGAAUAAGGUUGUGCAAGAACAAAGAAGCGCAAAAGAGUCUGAUAAUGUUAAAGAUUGUGAAGGAAAGGAAGGGGAGGACGAGCGUGGUGAGAAAAGUGGGGAGGACGAGGGAAAAGAAGGGAGUUGUGAGUGGUCUGAUGAUGAAAGUGAUGAUGAUAGUGAAACUGUUGAUGAGGAAGAGGAGUGUUCUGGAGAUACUCGAAGAAAUUCUGGUGAUAAAAGGGGAAGAAACUUUGUGGAGAUGAAGUUAGGUGUUAAAAAGCCUUUGAGAGAUUCUCGUGGUGAGAGAUCGAGAUCGGACAGGAAGCUUAGGCGGAAAACCUGGGAGAAAAGUCCAUCAGAAGUUUCGAAAAGAAUACAAACGCGGGGUGAACGUAAAGAUGUGAAGAGUUCAUCAGAACGAACAAGGUCCUAUAAAAGAAGGGGGGGAGACAUUAACAAUUAAGAAUAAUCUUGUUUAGUGGAGAUUCAUUUGUUUCUCAACUAGUAUGCAGAAAGGCAAUUGGAGGAUGUUCAGAUGUUCUCUUCUGCCUGUCAUACUCAAGUGUAACACUAACACCAGACAACUUUCAAGUUUGCAUUUUGCAUGUCAAUUAAUGGAUGAAUUAACGUUUGCAACCAUUUCAUGUCCAAUGAUUUCUGGGUGAUCAGAUAAUUAAUUAUCUUAUGUUGGAUAUGGUCGAGUCGGAGCUGUCCCUAGGAAUAGUGAUCUUAUUAGGUAAAAUUAUCUGAGUAUUUUGAUAUGCAAAAUUAUGAUCUUUUUUUUGAGAAUAUAUUUCAAAAAAUUGUGAAGAUAAAUAGAGAAAAAUGUAUUAAAAAGAUAAAUUGUAAUUGUUGGUUGAAGACAUUUGAAAUUGUAAUGACUGUGUAAGCAGCAUAAUGGCAUAAAGCAAUCACUCAAUUAAAUUUCUUUUUGACCCUAAA